UAGGUUAUUUUCCUAGAAAGGAUUCCAUUAAUCGGAUCAUUAAUCCACAAUAAGCUCUGUAAUUAAUAAGUUAAUAUGUAGCACCGAUUUGAGGUUUGAGAAACUGCACCGAACUGCAAUACAGUGUUUGUUCGUGUCUUGACCAUGGCGACUCAACCGAGCGAUGCAGAACUCAUAGUCAGCUUGCAAGCCAGGGUCAAGGAGCUAGAAACUGAGAAUGCAAAGCUGUUGGCUCAACUUGCUGAUUGCCACAGUCAUGAGAUGGAGGAAAAAUUACAUGGCCCUGACGGGAAAGACAGGGAAUCAAAAGAAGGCAACAGGAAAUUCGAAAAGAAGAUAGAGAAAAAAGAGUCAGGUUAUGACACAGGGUUUAUGAGCCAUCACAGCAAGAGACACGUAGCUUUAAAAGUCAUGUACUUUGGAAAAAGGUUUUAUGGUUUUGCGUCAGAGGCACAAAUGCAACCAACUGUUGAGUCUGAACUUUUUAAAGCUUUUGAGAAAACAAGGCUAUUAAUUGGCAAUAAGAAGGAGUCACAGUAUUCAAGAUGUGGUAGAACAGAUAAAGGGGUUUCCUCUGUUGGACAAGUGAUAGCUCUUUUCCUAAGAUCAAACCUCAAGUUAUCUGCAAUAAAUAAUGGAAAUUCUGGAGAAGUUGUUUUGGAUGAGAAACAUGAAGGGGAAAUAGAUUAUGUUAGGGUGCUAAAUCGAGUCCUUCCAAAUGACAUUCGAAUUUUGGGCUGGUGUCCUGCUCCUGUUGAUUUCCAUGCAAGGUUUAGUUGCUUAAGCAGGGAGUAUAAAUAUUUCUUCUGGAAGAAAAAUUUGUCCCAUUAGGCUAUGGAGAGUGCUGGAAACAAACUUGUUGGAGAGCAUGACUUUAGAAACUUCUGUAAAAUGGAUGCAGCAAAUGUGCACAACUACAGGCGGCACAUCACAUUGUUUGAGAUUUCUCCUACCGAUGUGAGGUACAAUGGUAAUCAACUUUGGGUGAUUAAAAUAAAAGGCAGUGCUUUUCUAUGGCAUCAGGUUCGCUGCAUGGUUGCUGUUCUAUUCAUGGUUGGCAAAGGUCUUGAAUCUCCAAAUGUGAUUGAUAUGCUACUCGACACUACUAGGAUCUUAAGGAAACCCCAGUAUACUAUGGCUUCAGAGGUUCCGUUGGUUCUUCAGUGCUGUGAAUUUGAUGACAUUAAGUUUAUAUGUUCAUCAGAUGCUGGAGAUGCUUUGCGGUCACACUUGGUGAAUGAAUGCCAAAUUUACCAGCUUCAAACUACAAUCUUUCACGAAGCUCUUCUUAACUGUGUGCCUCUUUCAAAUGAUCAAAGCUUGCUGCCUUUUCAGGCAACCAAGAAGAAAGUUUCCCAUGUUCCUCUUAUGUCACGUCCUACUGAGCCAUCAUAUGAAGAACGCCGUGCCAAACUCAACACAGUUGCAUGAAGAUUUCGUUGGUGAACUUUGUUAUAUAAUGUGUUUGGGUGAGCAUUUGCAUACUUAAUUUUGUAUGGCUUUUUAAUUUUGUAAAAUUAUUUUUUGGUUAAAACUUAUAACUGAGUUUGAAGGGUGUAAUUUUAGUAUAAUGUUAUUUAAUACUUUGGUAAAAAUAA